AGUUUCUAUUAAAUAUUUUUGUCAUAUUAGUGUAAUUUGAAAGCAAUAUUACGGUAACGCGUGAUGCGUUAUUGAAUUAUCUAUUUUUGUUACUUAAAUGUGUCAUAAGUUAACGCAAUGAGUAAUGACCCGCAAGUUGCAGAGCAAGAUUGCGCAGUUUGCUUACAAAAAUGUCAUCAUCCUACCCAGCUUCCUUGUGGACACAUCUUUUGUUUUCUUUGUGUAAAGGGAGUUGCAAUUCAGAGUAAGAAGUGUGCAAUGUGCAGAGCCGAAAUCCCACCUGAUUAUUUGGACCAUCCAGUACUUUUAGAGAAAGCUUCCCCUCAAGCUAGUUCUGAGGAAGUGAAUGAAGGCUACCAAUGGUAUUAUGAGGGAAGGAAUGGGUGGUGGAAAUAUGAUGAGAGGAGUAAUAUUGAAUUAGAAAAUGCAUAUAAUGCUGGAAGUCCCGAGUGUACAUUACUACUAGCUGGAGCUGUGUACAGAAUAAACUUUCAAAAUAUGGUACAGAUGCGACAGAAUGAUAGGACCAGGAGACGUAGAGUUCAGAGAGAUACCCCUGCACUGCCAGCCAAAGGUAUUGCUGGUAUAAAGAUUGAUAAUCCCAGUAAUGAAGUUAAGAAUGAAUCUGACACUUCAAACACUAUUGAUCUAACCAGCAAUGACAACAGUAAUGACGCUGAACCAGUGGAGAUAGUAGAUAGCGAUGAUGGUGAAGUCAGUGAGGUCACUUCACAAGAUAAUGAAGUCAAUGAAUUAGUUCACAGAACCAGUGCAAUCAACUUAUUGGAUCCCACCAGGCCUGCAAAUGAGGACACGUGAUUUAAGACACCUAUGGUCAUUAACUUUUUAAGGUAUUGGUCCUAAAUAAUACUGUAGAAUCCACUUAAUAUGAUUAAUUGAUUAUGUUUAAAAUUAUCUCCUGCCUAAUAUGCCAGUUCCUGUAACUUGAGCAAUCGGUAUGUACUAUGUAGUAUUUAUGUC